AUGGGGUUACUAACGAAUCCUCUGCGACCACGCGAGCCAAAGCUCCCACUUUACCAAAAAGUUAACUCCCCAAACAAAGAACGAUUUUCAGACGACGACUACUCCUCCGAUGAGGACAGCGACUAUGAAGAUGAGCCAUACUCACCCGAGAGCUCUUCAGCGGGCUCUUCAAGACAUACAUCAGGAUCUGCAAACAGCGGACUCUUGAUGCUCCCCAGUCACCAGAAGAAGCCCCUCCCCCUCAGAAGGAGAAUUGCCAAAGUGUAUCCCUACCGAAUACCAAACAAGGUCACCCGCUACCUGUUCUGCACAGUGAUCACCUUGAUCAUUGUUAUGGUUCUGAGUCUGGUGCGCGCCAGCCAGGUCGAAAACUGGAAGGUUGCCAACGGCAAGGUUGGCAACAGACCACCACCACCACCACCUGCCUGGGAAAAGUUCCCUUUCCUGGAGAGAUACUAUGGCGGACUCAAGACCUUGGUUAACUUCGAUGAGCUUAAGCCUGAGUGGCCUCAUGUCAAGAACGAACCUGAGAUGUUAGGUGAAGGCAACGACUGGAACAAGCAAAACGAGAUCAAGAGCGGCAAGGACAGCGACAAGGAUAAGGACAGCGACGAGACCGACAAGGCCGCUACCGAAGAGAUUGAAGCCGAGGCUCAAGGUACCAAAGCUCCUAGGAAAGAAACCAGAGAUGAAUCCAAGUCCAAGGACGACUCUAGGGAUACAAAGGAGGAUAAGCCGAAAGACGAUUCUCAAGCCACUAAGAGCAAGCAUCCCAAGAGCAACGACUGGAGUGGCUACACCAACAAGACCAAGGAGACAGACAUGGAGGAAUGUUUCCUGGAUGCUGACGGCACAGUCCGAGUCCCUGAGCUGCGAUACUACAAUGGCCGUCCGCAAGGUUUCCCUGAGCACGCCAUCGGAUCUUAUGAGGCUUUGGACCUACCCGAGGAUAUUUGUUUCGACCGUUACGGCCGCUAUGGUCCUUACGGAUUCGGCUACUCUACACGCAAUGGUGGCCUCAGCGUUGGCGAACAUGGCCAGAAGGAGGGCUCAGAUUCUGUCUGGGAGAACAUACCCCGUGUUGAUUAUCGACAGAUUGACUGGGCUGAUGUUCAGCGACGCUGCUUCAAAACCAAUCAGGCUCGCUUCAAAGGGUUGCCCGAGAAGAUUCAGAUUUCUCAUGGAUUCUUCGCUCAUGAGCCCAAGCCAAAGGCUCUGCCUAGCUCUACCCUCAAACGCCGAAGCGUCGAAGAAGAGAAGCCCAAGACUGUAAAGGAGACUGCUACCUCCAAGGUCGAAACCGCCAAGACUGAGGCAGCACAACCCAAGCCGACUGGCUCUGAGGAGGCCAAAUCCAACGUCUCCAAGGUCGACGAACUAAAGACAGCCGAGUCCAAGGUAAACACUUCAAAGGCUGCGGCGACCAAGGUUGCUGAGGUCUCCAAGUCUGAAACGCCAAAGCCUAAAGAAACCAGUACCAAGGAGUCUCAACCUGAGAAGCCCCAUUCCGAUGACGAUGGUGAGUCUGAGAACGAUGUGCCGGAAGUCCCCAAGACCGAGUCGCCUAAGGCAUCUGGAGCCGGAUUGUCACGAACAGCUGUCGUUGUGCGCUGCUGGGACGAGUACAACUGGCGCGAGGAUGAUAUUGCCCACCUUCGAUCUCUCAUCACUGAGCUUGCCAUCACCUCUGGCGGUCGUUAUGAUAUCCAUCUGCUGGUCCAGGUCAAGAAUGAAGCCGCCCAUCCUGUUUGGGCAGACGAAAGAAUCUACCAAGAACGUAUCGAAGAGUCCAUUCCUGAAGAGUUCCGAGGCCUUGUGACCCUGUGGUCAGAGACUCAGAUGCUUGCUCUCUACCAGGGCAUCUACGACCACUUCUCUCGUGGCCCCGAUCUACCUGUUCACGGUGUUUACCGCGGUCUUUCUAUGGCAAUGCAGUACUUCGCCCACAAGCACCCCGAGUACGACUACUUCUGGCAGUGGGAGAUGGAUGUGCGCUACACCGGUCACUACUACGAUCUUUUCAGCAAGCUCGAGAACUGGUCUAAGGCUCAGCCCCGCAAGGGUCUUUGGGAGCGCAACUCCCGCUUCUAUUUUCCCAGCAUCCACGGCACCUGGGAGGAUUUCUCGCAGAUGUCUCGUGUUCAGAGUCAGAUGGGUAUUGUUGGUGCCGACAAUGUGUGGAAGGGCGUUCCUGGUUUUGACGGCAAGACUCCUGACCAAGACACCAAGGGCCAUCGUACUGUUUGGGGACCUCUUCGCCCCAAGGAUGAUGACGACUGGUUUGAGCCUGGCAAUGAUCCCGUUGCUCCCACCUCGUACGAGAAGGACCACUACCAGUGGGGUGUUGGCGAGGAAGCUGAUUACAUUGCUCUCAACCCCAUGUUUAACCCUGAGGGUACAACCUGGGGACUAAAGGAUGACAUCACAGGCUUCAACCGAUCAGAGGGCCUUCCUCCUCGCCGCGCCAACAUCAUCACCACUGCGCGCAUGUCUCGCCGACUUUUGACAACCAUGCACAAGAUGACUGCCUUCAAGAAACAAUUCGCUUUCCCUGAGAUGUGGCCUGCUACCGUUGCUCUGCAGCACGGCUACAAGGCUGUUUCAGUCCCCCACCCCGUCUAUGUUGACCGAACCUGGCCUCCGGCCUAUAUGGCUCAAAUAUUCAACAACGGUCGUGAUGGUACAAGCGGUGGCUCUCGCACCAGUAUCUUUGGCGACCGCGAGCACAAUAUGCAUGGCCUCUCAUGGUUUUACAACUCAGGCUUUGCGCCAAACAUGUACCGCCGCUGGUUGGGCCUUCGAGUGAACAACGACGGUGGUGAGGAGUUUGAGGGUAUUGAGGAUAAGAGCAAGAAUGGCAAGGGAGUCGGCAAUAUGCGUGGUGGUGAGGGCAGAAUGUGUCUGCCUCCUAUGUUGUUACACCCCGUCAAGGAUGUGGAGUUGCCUGUUGAAGCCCCCGAAGCUGAAGCUGAAGAGGGCAAAGCUCCUCAGUCUGAUCCUGGAGCCUAA